AUGAACAGUGACGACGAAACCCUACAAAGCAAAGACUCUAAUACUGGCCCGGAGGUAGAUCUAGAUAUAUUGCCUGCAACUGCCGAAGAAGUCUUCAAUCUUGAUCCAUAUUCUUGCUGGGAAGGAACAAUCCGCACUGUGCUUUCUGGGACGAGAGACAAGGACUCGCCUCUAAAGAUUCUUCGUGAGCACGAGUCCACGCUAGUUCGCUUCAUCCGUUCCUAUCUCACAAACGAAUUCGCAAGUCACUUGACGCUGACCUUUCCCUCCAUACUCGUUGAAGAAAAGGACGAAGAUAUUCUCGCUCGUAUAGAAUCCUUUCAAGAAUAUUGGCGUGGCUAUCCAAAUGAAUAUGAUGCUGGCGGUGUCGCGUUCAUGCGUCUCAGCUCGAUCGAAUUUCCUCCACCAGCGGAUCGUAAUGUUAAUAUGCUUCCAUUCAUCUUUGGAAGCCAGGAUUCCCUUCCAAGAGACCUCCAAUGUUAUUAUCCUCUAGUUGCAAAAUGUCCAUUCAAUAAAGAUGAGAUCGGACAAGUGGGGUACCUAACGGUGCAUGAAAGCUUUGUCGAUGCAACAAAGGCUCAAAGACGCGAAGGUCUGCACAUUGAGACUCCUGGAAUUUUUCGAAGUGCCAAACGAGCGGCAAAGUUUAUACCAGGGCAAGAAACAUCAUGGGGAUGGGGUAGAUAUUCUCCUAAUCGAUACGAUGGGGGGAUAUGCAUGGCCUCUAGUGUGAGCAAUACUAGCAAAGUUUGGGACGCCCUUGUCGACAAGAAAUGCCCUAAUAUUGUCGACAAGCACGGUGGCUGUGAGCACCUGCGCUCGCUCAUAGGUAAAGGUACAAAGCUAAAAGCUGGGGAGCUCAUUUGGAUGACUGAUUGUACUCCGCACGAAGCACUAUGUCAGGAAACAUCAGGCUACCGUCAGUUUUUUCGUGUGGUGUCGUCCUAUGUAUCUCAUUGGUAUGAGGAUCACUCCACGCGAAACCCAAAGGUUGAUCUACCAGCUCGGGUAAAGGUUAUCAAAGGAAACAAGUUUGAAGAGUAG